UCUUCAGCAGCCGCAGCAACAUGGUGGUGCACGAGCGCACGCACACGCACGAGCGGCCGUAUACGUGCAGCUAUUGCGGCCGCACGUUCUCGCAGCACGGGCAGAUGGUGAUUCACGUGCGCUCGCACACGGGCCAGCGGCCCUUCAAGUGCCCGCACUGCGUCAAGGCGUUCACCUCCAGCAAGGUGCUCAAGAUUCACAUCCGCACGCACACGGGCGAGAAGCCGUACGCGUGCGAGCACUGCGACAAGCGGUUCGCCGCCUACGCCAACUUGGUGGUGCACCGGCGCAUCCACACCAAGAUCCGGCCCUACAAGUGUGAGUACUGCGGCCGUACCUUCGAGCACAGCGGCAACCUGCAGCGACACACCAAAAUACACGUGCGCGACCUCGGUAAGAUGCGUGAAGUCAUGUACGGCUCAACCACGGAGCUGCUCGACCACCGAUGCCCGGAGCUGCGCGAGCGGCUGGAGGGGCGUGCCCUCCCCGGCCUGCCGUUCGCUGAGCCGAUCUCCGGGCUGCACAAGCUGCCCACCAGCUUCCUCGAGCUGUACGACUACAUCCAGCAGCUGCGCGAACAGAGUCCGCCUGCGCAGGGCAUCUAUCCGCCGGCACUACGACCGCCGCCUCCGCCGCCGCCUCACGACAGGCCGAGCUACAGCUCGCUGUCCAGCGACGCAGAGCUGCACGCGCUCUCGCUGCGCGCGGGCGGGCUCGGCACCAGCCUCGGUGGCCGUGCCCCGCUGCCGGCCGGGCCGGGCUCGCCGGCCGGCUCCGACCGCUCCGAGUCGCGGCUCGUCAUCGAUGAGGUCAAGCCAGAUCGUUUCUGA